AUGGCAUUAACAUCCGCCGCGCCGUACCUCGCAUUGUUGAGCGAAGCCGAUGAGAGCUUGAAGACAUACGCCUUGACCUCGCUCAACGAGGUCGUGGACCAGCUCUGGGCCGAGGUGGCCAACGAAAUCACCGCCAUCGAGGAGCUCUACGAAUCCGAGAGCUACGCCCACCGUCACUUGGCCGCUCUCCUCGCCUCCAAGGUGUACUACAACUUGGGUGACUUUGACGCUGCGGUCAAGUACGCGCUUGCUGCCGGAAACCAGUUCGACAUCGACGAGCAGUCGCAGUACGUCGAGACAAUCAUUUCCAAGUGCAUCAAUCGCUACAUCGCACAAUCGCAAAAGUUUGUGCAGGCGCCAUCCGGGCCCGCGCCGUCUCCCGAAUUGACAUUCGUGUUCGAGCGCAUGUUGCAGAAGUGCGUGCAAACCGGCGAGUUGAAGCUCGCCGUGGGCAUCGCAUUGGAGAGCUACCGCUUGGAUAUCGUUGCCGACAUCCUUGCCAAGGCCGACGACGCGAUGGACUUGGUCAGUUACGUGCUGGUCAUCGCCACCACCGUGCUCGACAACGCUGCUGUCAGAACCCAGACCUUGCGCGCGCUCGUCGCGCUCGUCCUAGGCAUGGCCGCGCCUGACUACUUUGUUGCCACCAAGCUCAUCAUUCAGUUGAACGAUGCGGCAUUGGCCGCGCAGUUGUUCACCGACUUGCACACCAAGGCGGACCACUUGACAGCCUUACAGUCCGCAUUCGACUUGGUCAGCUCCGCAUCCCAGGAGUUGCUCUAUAAGACGCUCGCGGCGCUCCAGGCCAACGAGCCGCUCGCUACGGACCGCGACUUUGCGCGUGUCUUGCGCGUUCUUACAGGCGUGCCGACCUGUGACCUCGACGUGACCUUUUUGGCCAACAACAACAACACAGACGUGUCCAUCCUCAACAAGGCAAAAGCCGCGCUCGACGGCCGUAACUCUAUCUACCACUCGGCCGUGUCGUUCCAGACCGCGUUCAUGUACGCCGGGACCACCGACGACUCGUUCCUCCGUGCCAACUUGGAGUGGCUCGGCAAGGCCACCAACUGGUCCAAGUUCUUGGCCACUGCCGCGUUGGGGGUCAUCCAUAAGGGCAACUUGGCGCAGGGCCGCACGAUUCUCCAGCCGUACCUCCCAGGCAACUCUGGGUCGCACUUUACCAAGGGGGGCUCGCUUUACGCCUUGGGGCUUAUCUACGCCGGCCAUGGCCGUGAAACUAUCGACUAUCUCAAGAAGCACCUCAUUGAGGACGGCAAUUCCGCUGGAAACGACGAGGUGGAUGUGAUUCUUCACGGUGCUGCCCUCGGGGUCGGCGUGGCUGGCAUGGCCUCCGGCAACGAGGAGCUCUACGAGGUCUUGAAGACCGUCUUGUACUCCGACUCUGCCGUCGCGGGCCAGGCCGCCGGGCUCGCCAUGGGUUUGGUUAUGCUCGGUUCUGGCAACGAGACUGCUAUCGACGACAUGUUCCAGUAUGCCCAGGAGACUCAGCACGAAACCAUCAUCCGUGGCUUGGCCAUCGGUAUUGCGUUGUUGAAUUACGCCAAAGAGGAUACCGCGAAGACCACUAUUGACAAGUUGUUGGAGCACCAGAACCCAAUAUUGCGCUACGGUGGUGCCUUCACAGUGGCGUUGGCCUACUGUGGGACCGGCAAUAACGCCGCCAUCAAGCGCUUGCUCCAUGUCGCCGUGUCAGACUCCUCUGACGACGUCAGAAGAGCGGCUGUGAUCGCCUUAGGGUUCGUCUUGUUACGCGACUACACCACCGUCCCCACCAUCGUCGAGCUCUUGUCCGAGUCACACAACCCACACGUCCGUUACGGUACCGCCAUGGCGUUGGGAAUCUCCUGUGCUGGCCGUGGCUUGCCGGCCGCGAUCGAGGUCUUGGAACCGUUGUCCAAGGACCCGGUCGACUUUGUACGCCAGGGGGCGUUGGUUGCCAUGUCGAUGAUUUUGAUCCAGGAGAAUGAAAAGACCUUCCCGAAGGUGGCCGAGAUCAGAAAGCAGUUUGCCGGCGUGAUUGCCAGCAAGAGCCAGGACGCGUUGGCCAAGUUCGGUGCCUCGUUGGCCCAGGGGAUCAUUGAUGCCGGUGGUCGCAACGUCACCAUCCAGUUGGAAAACACCCAGACCAACACCCUCAACAUGAAGGCGAUUGUCGGACUUACUGUCUUCACCCAAACCUGGUACUGGUUCCCGUUGACUCACUUUUUAUCGUUGUCGUUCACUCCGACCUCUAUUACAGGUGUUCGCGAGGACUUGCGCGUGCCGAAGUUCCAGAUCAACUGCCAUACCAAAGCCGACAUUUUUGGGUACCCACCGAAGGUGGCUGACGCCAAGGAGAAGGCCCCAGAGAAGAUUGUCACCGCAGUGUUGUCAACCUCCGCCAGAGCCAACGCCAGAGCGAAGAAGGCCAAGGCUGAGAAGGAGAAGGACGACAUGGAUGUCGACACCCCAAAGGAGGAGGCCCCGGAACCGCCGGUGGAUGAAGCUAAGGUUGAGGAGGGGGAGGAGGAGGUUCCAGAGGAGGUCGAAACCGAAGACGCCUCCACCAGGUAUACGAAGACACCGUACAAGAUCGACAACAUGACCCGGGUAGUUCCGAGUCAGUUGAAGUACAUCUCGUUCAAGGAUGAGAGAUUCGUGCCGGUUAGAAAGUUCAGAGGCACCGGCGGCGUGGUAAUAUUGAAGGACAAUGCCCCGGGCGAGCCGGCCGAGUUCAUCAAGACAAUCAGACAGUUGAGCAACACCGAGGCACCGGUGCCAGAACCGUUCACGUUGAGUGAGGAGGACGCUGAGUAG